CUAUAUAAAUAGGGGAUGGAGGAUCUUCCCUCAUUCGACAACUAGUGCCUGCUGCAAACAUGUUGAAAAUAACCGCCAUUUUGUCGUUAUUUCUGAUUGGAAGUGUAUGGGGUCAAGGAAUAUCCUGCGACUCGUGCGGAAGUGAAUGCGCUUCCGCCUGCGGUACACGUCACUUCCGCUCCUGUUGCUUCAACUACCUUCGCAAGAAACGACCUGACAACUUUAAGAUGCAGCAUUAUUAUGAUGGCCAGCGACAGAACAAACCCUUCUUCAUAGAAAACCUUCCAGACGACAGUUUUAGAUGGUUCGCCAAUGACCCUUACGGCCUCUUUGACGGUGUAGAUGAAUAAUAUGCGGGAAUAAUAAAACUAAUAUUUAACCUCACGAAUUUCCAACAUUAAUGUGUUGUGGAACUCAAGUAGCCAUUUCUAAACGAGAUUUCCUUUCAUUACGUUGGAUCAUCAAAUAAGUA